CUGCCGAGUCCGUGCGACUGCGACCCGAGGCCGGGGGGAGACGGAGACGGGGACGGGGACGGGGACGGAGACGGGGCGAGCGGUGAUCGGGGUGAAUGGAGGGGAUGUAGGGGCGGCGGCGGCGGCGGCAUGAUGAACACCAAGCAGGUGACGUGCAGAUAUUUCAUGCAUGGUGUAUGCCGUGAAGGAAGCCGUUGUAUGUUUUCCCAUGAUUUGUCUACAAGCAAGCCAUCUACAAUCUGUAAAUUCUAUCAAAAGGGCCAAUGUGCUUAUGGAGACCACUGCCGAUAUGACCAUGUGAAGGCUCCUGGAUCUAGAGUGGUGGGGCCAGUGAUCUCGCGAGUCAACUGUACACAUGUCCUUCAUGAUGCAAUUACUGAAACUGCUGCUGCAGAACAGACUGCGCCCAUCAAAGUCACUGAAUCCGGAAGAUGUAAAAAGAAAACACUCGAGUUGAAAGAUCGAGACCUUUGCAACCGAACAGCAGAACAAUCUAAAUUGUUUCCUUUCCCACCGUCUUACUGCGACACCACAAAGACUGCACCGGCACCAGACUCGGCAAAGUUUGCUUAUGAAGAUGUUCAAGUGAAGCCGCCGUCAUACUUGGACGCAGUUUGCAGGGGACUGACUGUUUCGGCAUCAGUUGACAGCAAUAAUUCGACACAGCAGCUGUGCCCUUUUGCAGUUGCCGGUGAAUGUCAUUAUGGCGACAGCUGUUUGUACCUUCAUGGAGAUGUGUGUGAAGUGUGUGGAUUGCAAGUGCUGCAUCCAACUGACUUUGAGCAACGCAGAGCACAUGAGCAGAUGUGUCUCAUUGCAUUUGAGCAUGACAUGGAGAAAGCCUUCGCUGUACAAAAGAGUCAAGAUAAAGUCUGUAAUAUUUGUAUGGAGGUAGUCUAUGAUAAAAUAAUACCGUCUGAGAGAAGAUUUGGAAUUCUUUCUGACUGCAUUCAUCCGUAUUGUCUGUCCUGCAUUAGACAGUGGAGAUGUGCAAAACAGUUUGAGAAUAAAAUAAUCAAGUCCUGUCCAGAGUGUAGAGUGGUGUCUGAAUUUGUCAUCCCGAGUUCUUACUGGGUAGAGGAGAAGGAGGAAAAGGAGCAGCUUAUUGAAGCAUUUAAGCAGGGAAUGAGCAAGAAGGCAUGUAAAUACUUUGACAAGGGGAAAGGGUCCUGUCCAUUUGGUGGCAAGUGCCUUUACCUUCAUGCUUACCCUGAUGGAACAAUGGCAAAGCCCGAACUGCCAAGGAAACAGCUCAGUUCUGAAGGCAAUGUCAGGUUCCUUCAUUCAGUGCGACUCUGGGAUUUCAUUGAAGAGAGGGAGCACAGGGAUGUUCCCCAGCAAGUGGGUGACGAUGAAGUGGCGGAGCUUGGUGAUCUCUUCAUGCAUCUUUCUGGGGCAGAUCAGCACACUGCAUCCAGCGAGAACCAGCCUGAUCAGCCCGUUUCUGUAGUAUUGUGAGAUGAUAUAAACUAAGUUACAGCUGCUUCUGCUGAAACACCACUGAUUCACCUAGCAAUGGAGGUUUGGUUCAAAAUUAUGUUUGAACUAAAAUUGUAAUAUAAUGGGACAAAUAGUAACUGGUUGAAUCAGGACUGUAUUUUGCAAGGUUCACGGUAUUUGAUUGUAAACUUAUUUAUGAAUUGAGGUUUUUCCACUGUAGAGCACACUACCCAGUAGACAGGCCACAACCCUUUGUCUGGUGGUAGAAACUUUAGCUGUAAUUUUAAAAGGAAAUUGUUGCAAUAUUACUCAUAGUGAAUUACCUUAGUACUGUAUGCAUUGUACAAAGGAAAGCCUUUUUUGUAUCUCUUCAAUCAUAGAAGCUGUAGAAUGAUCCAUUUCCUCCAUCUCCUGCAUUGGGAGUAUCCAUUAGUGAAUCUCUCAUCUGGUAGCAGGAGACCACCAGAGUAAUCUUUAGAAUGAUCCACUUUGUCUCCUCCUUCCUGCUGAAUUAACUGAACUGGAUUCAGAAUGAUGUCUGGUGGCAGUGCGGCAAACGCAUUUCCCACCACCAAAACAUUUCUUUCCAAGGGAUUAGAUGGGUGGCAAGGUGCAAGGAAUUGCAGCUGAUGAUUUGCAAAAAAACAAAAGUACUUGAGUGAGUCAGUGGGUUGGACAUCUCUCAGAAUCUUUUAUUCAGUCUGUAGAAAGGACCUGUCUGAAACGUUGCCUAUCCAUGUCCUCCAGAGAUGCUGUGUGACUCACCGAGUUACUCAAUGCUUUAAGUAGGUAGGUUUACUGUUGUCAGGCUAAGACCAUUUUUUUUAUUGAUUCUUACAUCAGUUAUAAACUGCACAAGGGAAGCUUGAAGUGACGUAACCCUGUCUCGGUUGCCCUGAAAUAAUCAAACCAAAUUGCUGUGCAGCCAAAGUACCUGGUUUAGUGCGACUGCAAAUAUUAAUUGAAAUGCUAAAUAAUAUUUUAAAUGAUUCAAUGAAGGAUGGAAGAAAACACAGUAUUACAGAUCACACCAAGAUCUUAAAGUUGGAAGCACUUUCUCAAUAGUCACCAUUUUUUAGUUAUUACAAUUUAGAACAAUAGCAUUUCAGCUGUGGUUGGCUGAAACAAAUAUACCUUUGCAAGAUUGAAAUUGAGAGAUUAAUACUUAUGCAUUAAAAUUACUAGCUAAUACAGGAAACCAAUGGACAAAAACCUUGGGCUUGGAAAAUAUAAAUCAGAUAGCCAAGUCAGCCAUUGGCUAAAAAAGUAUAAUCAUGUUGAAUCUGGAAAGAUGUGGUUUGAAACUAUUAUGAUUAUGAAAUUAGUAAAAAAGUAUAUCACAGGAAUGCAACUAGAAAUGAAUUCACAAUUCCUUUAAACCUCUCUUUUCCUACUGGCAAGUAGGCUAUUUUGAUGUGAAAGCCAGCCGAUAAUAGAAAUGACAAUCCCCAAUUCCACUUUACAAUAUAGGCAGGGAGUACUGUAUCUACAUGUAUGUAACUUAGUCUCUUGUUCUUCCCCUAUCCACAUCUACUAAUUUACUCUGCAAAUCAAGCCUACUUUUUGAUGAGGAUGAAAUGUAUUUUCCAUUAAAGUGCAACCUAAAGCUCAAGUGUUAAAUACAUGAGCUGCAACCACAUCAUCACAUAGGGACAAACAACCGUGAAUGUAAGGGUUGGUCAUUAGCCACACAGCUUUAAUGUCAAGCCACAAGUCCUUUUUUUAAUAUAUUUGACAACGUGCAAAUUUAAAUGGUGAAAUAUCAGUAUUAGAAUGUAAUUUUCUCCCAACACUUGUUCUUAUCUUUCCUCAAAUGAUAUUUCAAUAUCUAUAAAACUGAAAAUGAUUACAAAAUUAUUUUCCAAUGAAGUUUUAUUGUACUUGCCAGAUAUCGGGUAAAGUUCUGUAUUCUCCUUUUGUGUAGUCGUGCUACUUUGAAUAAAAGUUUCCUGAAGAGA